AGUCAAAUGAAUCAAGUCGUAGGGAUUGAGGUUUAGAGAAAUACGUCGUCGUAAAUUUGUUGAAUUUGUGAACAAUAUUCCCUCAUUAAAGGUUUAUUGAACUAUUUUUAGGGUGUGCAUUGUUUCGAAUACUAGUUUUUUUAUUGAACGUGUACAAUAAUAAAAUCGUAGAAAAUGAAUCCUGAGUAUGAUUACUUAUUCAAGCUGCUUCUUAUCGGCGAUUCUGGAGUAGGAAAAUCGUGUUUGCUAUUGAGAUUUGCGGAUGAUACUUACACGGAGAGUUAUAUUAGUACUAUUGGAGUAGAUUUUAAAAUCAGAACAAUCGACUUAGAUGGAAAAACAAUUAAAUUGCAAAUUUGGGAUACCGCCGGACAGGAAAGAUUUAGAACUAUAACAUCGAGUUACUACAGGGGCGCGCACGGAAUCAUCGUCGUGUACGAUUGCACAGAUCAGGACUCGUUCAACAACGUGAAACAAUGGUUGGAGGAAAUCGACCGUUACGCAUGCGACAACGUCAAUAAAUUACUUGUAGGAAAUAAAAGUGAUCUUACGACUAAGAAAGUUGUCGAUUUCAAUACGGCCAAGGAAUACGCGGAUCAGUUGGGCGUACCGUUUUUGGAGACGUCGGCGAAGAACGCCACCAACGUAGAGCAGGCCUUUAUGACGAUGGCGGCGGAAAUUAAAAAUCGAUUAGGGCCGCCGACCGCGGCCGCGGAUCAAGGAAACAAAGUUAGAUUCGAUCAAAGUCGUCCUGUUGAAACGACUAAAUCGGGAUGUUGCUGAAACAUUGUCUCAUUCAUAUUAUUUUGGUGAGCAUCGAUAUCCCCUUUCAUUUCUUAAUAACGAAGUCUAAUUGUUUUACUGGUAAUUUGUGUUUCAGAACGAAAUCGGGGUUGGUCGUA